AGAGUAGUAAAAACUAACCCAUUUGACUAUACAUUUGCCACCAUUUUUUUUUGUUGAAAAAACUAUAACUCGAGUUCUUUAUAUUUAUACUCCAAUAUCUAUCCCUCUCCCUCAGACAGUAAUUGAGUUUCAGCUUCUAUGGCAGAGGCAAAAACAUGGUAUGCUGUUGUUACUGGUGCAAACAAAGGGAUAGGGUUGGAGACAGUUAAAGAGUUGGCCUCAAAUGGAGUCAAGGUGGUACUCACAGCCAGAGAUGAGAAUAAAGGCCAUGAAGCUAUUGAGAAAUUGAAAGUGUUUGGUCUCUCUGAUCUGGUCACUUUUCACCAGCUUGAUGUGACUGACCCUACUAGUAUUGCUUCUCUAGUAGAGUUUGUUAAAACCCAGUUUGGUAGACUUGAUAUCUUGGUGAAUAAUGCAGGAAUCAGUGGUGUCAAUCCAUAUGAAACGGUGGGAUCAAUAAUUAACUGGAAGGAACUGACUCAAACUUAUGAGAUGGCUGAAAAGUGCUUAAAAACAAACUACUAUGGUGCUAGGGAAACAAUUGAGGCAUUUCUCCCACUCAUUGAGUUGUCCAAUUCACCUAGGAUUGUCAAUGUUUCCUCCCAAGCUGGGAUGUUAAAGAACAUGCCAAAUGAGUGGGCUAAAGGGGUGUUUGGUGAUGCUGAAAAUCUCACAGAAGAGAGAAUAGAUGAGAUACUGAAGGAGUUUCUCAAAGACUUCAAAGAAGGUUCACUAGAAAACAAAGGCUGGCCAACUUUCCUCUCUGCCUAUAUAGUCUCAAAAGCAGCCAUGAAUUCUUACACAAGGAUUAUAGCCAAGAAGCACCUUAACAUGUGUAGUAAUUGUGUCUGCCCUGGUUUUGUUAAAACAGACAUCAACAAAAACACUGGCAUCUUAUCUAUUGACCAAGGUGCUGCUAAUGUUGUGAGAUUAGCUCUGCUUCCUUAUGGUUCUUCCCCUUCUGGCCACUUCUUUAUUAGGCAAGAAGAGGAAAUGGGAUUCUCUAGCGUCAGGGAGUACUGAAAUUCAGUAAAGUCAUAGAUUUAUAGUUGUCUGAUCAAAAUCGUGGGGUCCAAAUUUACUGAAAUUAUUUAAGUGCAUAAUAAUUUUUUCAAUCAGGGUCAUCUAAUCUUGAUUUGAUGGCGGAGGACCCUUGACUUCACCGAAUGCAGUAAUUCCUGACCGGAAGAAAUCCGUGUCCCAAGUAAAGUCAAACUUUUGAGUGAUUUUGAAUGUAAUAUAAUCAUGUAGAUACAAGAAUAAAUCAUCAGAAUGUGUCCCUUGCUGUUGCUGAUACGUUUUACCCUUAUAUCUGAUGUCAUAGUAAAAUUUGUAGGCUAAUACUUACAAGUUGGACGUUUAUUUAUCC